AUGCCUUUUCAGCACCCAUUUCAAGAAUCUCAGUUUGACCUCUUCGACUGGUACCCCAAGUUCCGCGAGUGCCAGUCGUACUUCAUCCAACACGCCCAAUACACCGGCCCUGUGCAGACCGUCGCGGCCAAGGUCAACAUCCUUCUGCCCUUCCAAAAGGCCCAGCGCCGGCUCGGCGCCGGUGCGCCCCCCGACGGGCCCCCGAACAGCCCCCUAACCGACCCGGCCACCGCCGCCGAGCCGCUGGUGCCGUACGUCCGGCGUCUCGUCGCCACCGGCUUCGACACUCCCGCCGUCAUGUUCGAGUUCUUCGGCGACGAGUGGACCGACGGCGUCGGUCCCGUGCACCAGGCCGAGCGCCGCAACUUCCUCUUCGCCGCCAAGUCGGAGAACUGGGCCACCGUCAAGGCCAGCUACGACAUGGACGCCGGCCAGCUCGCGCCCUUCCUCCGCCCGCUGCAGGGCGCCACCGAGCGCGAGAUCCGCGCCGCCGAGCACAGCUGGAGCGAGUGGCUCGCCAUGCAGGACUGGAUGAUCGGCCCGCGCGCGCCGCCCGCCGACACCGGCGCCGGCGGCGAGGCCAAGUGA